CCAUACUUUGCCAACUUUGCAUUAAAAACUGGGAUGAUAGCAUCAGAUAAUGGCUGGUUGAGUGCCAAGUUUAUCCAUAGGGAAUCAGGCCUUUUCUGUUUCUGCCAACUCGACAUUUUCUAGCUAAAGAAUCUAUGUAAUAGAUACAGGAAUGUUUAGGUUGCUUUUUUUUAAACUUCCCGUGGACCAGAUUUGUGAAUUUCCGUGAUAAAUAGUGUGAUCUUUGCUUGGUUAAUUUUCUUUCUCAAAUCUGAUCAGCAUCAUCCCCCCUCCCCAUUUGUUUGAAUUCUUUGAGAAUAUUACAGGCAUUUUCGUGCAGCAGAGUUCUGUCUACAUGAAUAAAUUAUGAUGCCCGCCUGUGAGAUAGGCUGGGAGGCUCUGCAUCUGCCUAUGCACACAAAUGGUCUCUGUGCAGCUCGGAGCGCACCGAUUACCAUUCCGCGCACAGCACUUCUGGUCAGAAAUGGAGCCGGGGUCGGUGGCUGACAGCGGUCCGGGGGCGCAAAAAGGGGAAGACGGAGCCGGGAAUGGCAGCAACCUUUCACUCAAUCUGGAUUAACUCACACUGAGCUCUGCGCCGCUGUCGAAAAGCCCGUGAAAGCGAGACGAACAUCUGGUCGGAUUCGGCGCAGCAGCAGCCGCUCAGCGGAGAGAGCUGAAGCAGCUUGGCGCUACAAAGGCGUUUUCUCCUCCUCUGGAGGUGCACGCAGGCGGAUGCGCAAAUAGAGGCGAUCCCGCACAGCUGCAGACUCAAAGCCACAUCGGGACCCUCCGGGCUGUGCUUCUUUUUUUUUAAAAAUAACUCUCUCCCUCUCGUUUCCCCCCAAAUGGAGGAAUCUUGAAUAAAAUUUCACUGGUGCGACAGGAGAGCAGAGGAUUCGUCCUUUAUCUACUGGUUAUGGAUUUCUUGAAGGGCAAUACUGGCUUCGCAGGCCGUUACACAUCAUAGGACCCAAGACGCAGGUCUCGGGACACCUGAAUUAUCACCAAGAGGCACCGUCGGUCCCAUUUCGGGCAAACAGUAUGCCCUCAAUCCUCGUGGGAGGGAAAAAGCCAAAACCAACCCUCCUCUGAUUCGCCUUAAUGUUUCAUCUGCUAGGUUUGUCAACCUGAUUGAAAGCUAAAUGGAGUCGUUCCUGGUGUUUCUGAUAGUCCUCAGUGUGGCUAUAAAAGCACACAAAGUUCAAAUCUGCCCCAAACGCUGUGUCUGCCAGAUGCUUAACCCCAAUUUAGCAACUUUGUGCGACAAGAAGGGCCUGCUGUUUGUGCCCCCCAACAUCGACAGGCACACGGUGGAGAUGCGGCUUGGUGAUAACUUUGUAACCACCGUUAAACGCAAAGAUUUCGCCAACAUGACCAAGCUGGUUGACCUGACCCUCUCUCGUAACACCAUUGGCUCAAUCGUGCCUCAUGCAUUCAAAGACCUGGAGAACCUACGAGCCCUUCACCUCGACAGUAACCGGCUAACUCGCAUCACCAACGACACCUUCAGCGGCAUGUCCAAGCUGCACCAUCUCAUCCUCAACAACAACCAGCUCACCCACAUCCACAGCGGGGCCUUCAAUGACCUAACGGCGCUGGAGGAACUGGAUUUAUCCUAUAACAACUUAGAGAGCGCCCCCUGGGUGGCUAUCCAGAGGAUGUCCAAUCUCCACACGCUCAAUUUAGACCACAACAUGCUCAGCUACAUCCCAGAGGGAACGUUCUCUGGACUGCAGAAGCUUAAAAGGUUGGAUGUGACAUCCAACAAGCUCCAAAAGCUUCCCCCUGACCCAGUUUUCCAAAGAGCCGGGGUCCUUGCCACAUCCGGCAUUAUGGGUCCUUCGUCGUUCGCUUUGAGCUUUGGGGGAAACCCGCUGAGGUGUAACUGUGAGCUGCUGUGGUUGCGGAGGCUGCGCAGGGAAGACGAUCUGGAAACGUGUGCGUCACCACAGCACCUUGCCGGACGUUAUUUCUGGACUGUUUCAGAAGAAGAAUUCCUGUGUGAUCCUCCUCUCAUCACCAGGCACUCUCAGGAACUACGAGCUUUAGAGGGUCAGAGUGUGACCCUCCGCUGUAAGGCCAGGGGCGACCCCGACCCCAUUAUCCACUGGAUCGCGCCAGAUGGACGCCUAAUGUCCAACUCCUCCAGGGCAGUGGUCCACACAGAUGGAACCCUGGACAUCCUCAUCAGCACUGUCAAGGACUCAGGUUCCUUUACCUGCGUGGCUUCCAAUCCGGCAGGAGAGGCUCAGCAGACAGUGGAUUUGGUCAUAACUAAACUCCCUCACAUCACCAACAAUACAAUUGCUGAGCAGGAGCCUGACCCAGGAUCAUCAGAUAUCGCCACAGUGACCAAGACGGGCCCAGAGGUGGGAGGAGUGCCUCUGGGGAAUGCUAAGACAAGCCAAGAGAAGAAAGUAGUAAUCGCUGAGGCCACCUCCACCUCAGCCCUGGUCAACUUUAACUUCCACCGGAGUAUUCCUGGAAUUCGCAUGUUUCAAAUCCAGUACAAUGGGACCUAUGAUGAUUCACUGGUAUACAGAAUGAUACCCCCAAGCAGCAAGAGCAUCCUGGUAAACAACCUGGCAGCUGGUACACAAUAUGACUUGUGUGUGCUGGCCAUCUAUGACGACCUGGUGACUUCGCUGACUGCCACCAGGGUGAUAGGUUGCGUCCACUUCACUACUGAGCCGCAGUACCUGCGAUGCCAUUUCAUGCAGUCCCAGUUUCUCGGAGGCACCAUUGUGGUUAUCAUUGGAGGGAUUAUUGUGGCGUCCGUACUGGCUUUUAUCAUCUUCCUCAUUGUGCGCUAUCGGGUGUGUAACCAAGGAGAAGCAGAUAAGGCCCUCGAGAUGGGGGAUAUUCGCUCCCUGAGCAGUGAUGGACAGCUUCAGGGUUGUGGAAUGCCCAAAUCCCUCUCAAAGCAGGUGCUCCGUCCAGAGAAGAAUGACAAGGAGUGCCUCAGAGUUGCACUCCCGCCCCCAGAGCCAACCAAACAGCGACCGGCUGUCACUGUGCCCUCCACAAAAGCCUCAGUCCCUGACUGCAUGGUCUCCACUGCUGCCGGUAGUCACAGCUGGCACCCAGCCUCUCCGGGAGCUCCCAGGCCCAAACGUUCCAGCGCUCCGCCAAAACCCUCAGAGGCACGACGGUCCGAGGCUCAGGCAGACGUUGAGCUCAACAACAUGAACCGGAAUAACUCAUCAGAUGUUAAAACGCCCGCUGACUUCCCUCUGACGGUGCCGGGUCAGCCUACCACAUGGACUGCCGCUCCCAGAGGUCCACGGCCCCACCAAGCGUCUCGACAUUACAUGACUGUGCCUGCGGGGGCCGCGAGGGUGAGCCGCAGACACUCGCUCAACGCGGACUCGUACAGGGAGCGCUGCUACAUGGCCUACCCCAAAGCCGGUGCCAGUCUGCGCUCCAAACGCAGCCUGUCGAUGAGCGGGGAGCUGCCACAGCUCGAGAGCACAACAAACAUUCGCCGGGCCAGGGACAAACUCUCCAGGUCCGAGUGGCUGCUGGAGAGCACUUUAUGAUUUUGAAAUGAACGCCCUGCGCCCUCUGGUACUCUGGGAUCGGACUUGUGACCCCUUGCGGAACAAACAGGAAUUUUAUGCCUUGCUUGGAGCUUUGGUGCUCUAGGUGUGGAGAGACCUGUGCAAGGCUGACACAAGGGAUAACGGGAAAGAUUUUCUUCUUUGUAACCUAUCAAAGUCCUCGUAAUAACAUUUAAAAAAAAACUUCUAUGAAAGGCACAACACAAUGUAUAAAACGACAUAAUGUACAAAAAUGUUAAUUUGUGUGAGAUACUAUACAUCUCAGUGCAACCAUAAGUGUUCAUGUGGUACUGAAUGCAGUACCUGGACAUACUGGAGAUCAUUACCAAGAAGAUCACACUUGGGAGGAGGCUGCUCUACUCAGUCUUUACAUAGACUAUUACUUACGGUGAGAAAAUCUGUAACGACUUUGAACACAGUGUCUGUCUCCAGCUACACACACACACACAGACGAUGAUAUGUCUUAAUUACCUUGGUGGUGCUUUGGAGAGAUUAAGAAUGUGGUCUUUUUCAUCCCAGAGGUGUGGGAACAGAAUGUAGUAGACGGCCAGCGCUCCAGCUUUUCAUCCCGACCCUUCCAGACACAGCACAAUGCAGCAUUUUGUGGCACAAGUUAGCCUAAUACUGCCCUCUGGUUUGAAUCAGUCCUUUUUUUCUCACAUAAUUACACACAGACUCAACUCUGAUAGGAUUUCUAUCCUGACUGACUUGAGAGGCAACUCCAAUGGCAUGACGAGAUAUCUGACAUUACAUGUUGGUAAGAUCCAGUGGAAUGGUUCAUUUCCAUAUUUUUUACUUACGGAUGUUAUCAUGUCAUGCCAACAACAACAACAACCAUUGUAAAUUAACUUGUGGAUGUAAGAGAAAUGGUAAUUACAGGAAUGGGAGGACGUCGGCUCUUGAUUUUGCUGUUGUUUCUGUUUGAUGUUUACCAGUAUUAAUAAACCAGUGAUUAAAGGGA